AUGGCUGCUUCUCUGCCCGUUAUAGAUUUUGCCGCUUUCAUUGACCAUGCUUCUUCGCCUGAAGAGAAAAAGGCCGUCGCUUUACAGAUCGACAAUGCUUGUCGAGAAGUUGGCUUCUUCUACCUCAAGAACCAUGGCGUACCUAUGAACCUAAUUGGAGAUAUGUUGACCAAGUCACGGAACUUUUUCGAAACUGCAACGCCAGAAGAAAAGAAACGACUGGCCUUACGAAAGAUUGCCGAAGGGGGAGACAAUGCACGUGGGUUUUUGAAGAUCAACAAUCCCGAAAAGGGCUCGCACGAGGCAUUAGAUGUUUAUCGCCCUGUCGAGACACGAGAUCCACCAUAUACAACGGGCAUGGGUCCCAACCAAUGGCCUUCAACCCCGUCUGACUUCCGAGAGACCGCGGAAGAAUAUAUUGAACGCUUGGAGACUUUGGGAAUUCAAGUCAUGAAGGCUAUAGCGAUUGGACUCAAGGUGGACGAGAGCAUUUUCCUCAACCGGAUCAACAAAGCAUUCUGGAACCUUCGUAUCCUGGGUUAUGAGGGACGGAAGGAAAAGUCCAAGGAACAAGCAGGUAUUGGAGAACAUACAGACUUUGGUAUUCUGACAUUUCUCUUGACCGACUCGAACCCCAAGUCUCUGCAAGUACUCAGCAAAUCUGGAGAAUGGAUCUGGGCUGACCCAAUCGAGGGCUGCUAUGUCUGCAACAUCGGCGACAUGCUGCACGAAUGGACCCGUGGGGCAUACAAGUCAACCCUGCACCGCGUCUGCCACAAUGCCGAAUCAUUACGAAUCUCGAUACCGUUCUUCUUCGACCCUAACUGGGACGCAUUCAUUUCUCCCGUGCUCCCUGCUGCAGAGGGCGUCGUUGACAGGGACGAGGGGAUUCGGUACGAGGAGAAGUUUGUCAGGUCGGUCGAGUAUCCCCUAUGGAGGGAUUCACUGGUCCAAGCCAAUCCGACCGUCGCGUCACAGGUGGCAUAAACCCUGAUAAAAGGGGCGGGAUCUAUGAAGAUUCUCUUUCACCAUCUAGGAUCUUGUAUCUAGUGUCAAUGCAUCCAAGGAGAGAAGGGCGUUCUUGUGAAAUAAGAACAGUGAUCAACAAAAAUCAAUUGAGAGGUGAUGUUUGUGGGAUGGUUUGUGUAGCGUGUGUGUUACGUGUGGAAACAGUAGAUCUUGUCGAUGCUCCCGUUUAGUGAGAAAAGUGUCG